AUGGACACUCUCCGUGCCGACCUUAGGCAAUAUGGUCCGGGAAAGAAGCUCACACUGUUCCCUCACUCGCCGCCAGAUCCCCAUGGCCGCUCGACUUACAAAGUCCCAGAUGGUCUCAAAGAAAAGAGGAUACUCUCAGAGCGAGAGGAAGAUAUGUCCAUGACUGCUCUUUGCUUCGACGACGACAACCGACCUCACCUACUUGACACAAGCCAGCACGGUGAUCCAGCCAACAGCUUGGGCGUCGAGAUUAUAGAGUCCCUUUCCAACGGCAACGAUGGCGAUAAUCAAGUGCUCUUGGUCAAGAUUCUUCACAAACCUACGACCGACCUCAAGUUCCCCGUUCCCGACACCCACGAACUUGCGGUCGUCAAGAUCUUUGACCCCCUGUUCUUCCCGGAGGAUGUCCCCGAAGAAGAAGGUCCUUGGAAGGUGACCUCCAGAGCUGACAUGAAACUCAGCCGCGAGGCUGGUGCAUACAAGGAACUGCACGCUUACAACCUGACUGGCUAUCCUCAUCUUGCUCCUCAGUAUUACGGCUGUUGGACGACCUGUCUUACCAGCCACUCUCCAGACUUCGAGGGCAAGACACGACAUAUAGGCCUUGUGCUCCUGGAGUACAUCCAGGGAACGAGCAUCCGAGAUAUAUGCCGCCACGGUGCCGAUGAGGUCCUGAUCCCUCUCAAGGGACGAAUCUGCGUACACACCGACGGCCCCGACUCGUUCAAAUUCACCGAAGAGAAACGCUUGGACAUUCUAGCGCUACUACUUGCUGGCGUUGUCGAACAGGUAUACAAAGGAGUCUGGCAUGAGUACGUGGAGCCUGAGAACGUACUCAUCACCAUACGGAACAAGUCAGCCAUCCUCGAGGCGCCUAGAGUUGCCCUCAUCGCCUACGACAUCUGCACGAUAGAUUCCAAGUGCAAGAAGCCCAUGAACAGAUGGGAGAGAUUUCCUCACACUGCGCAUCCAUCCAAAUGUUUCGACCCUGCACGGUGGGAAGAAAAAGUGGAAGAGGGAGAGGUCUCGCCCUUCAAAGCCUGGCUCCUCGAAAGGUUUGGACCUCUGGAUUCUUAG